AUGGUAUUUGGUCAUCGUAAUCCUGAUACAGACUCAAUUGUGACGACAUUAGUUUUUGCUGACUUUCUUCGUCGUAUUAAAGUUAAUGCUAAAGCUUAUCGUCUCAGCGAGCUAGAUAAUGAGACAAAAUUUGUACUUAAAACAGCCAAUAUCGAACAACCAGAUUUGCUACCAAAUAAUUUACCUGAUGGUACUGAAGUUGCCUUAAUAGAUCAUAACGAAAGUCAACAUUCGGUAGAAAAUUUGAAAAAAAUGAGUGUGACAUACGUGAUCGAUCAUCAUAAAUUAGGUGAUUUAACAACAUCGGAACCUGUCUUUCUUCGUUUCGAACCAGUAGGAUCUUCAGCAACAAUACUAACUAAAUUACAUAUUGAGAACCAGUUGGAUAUCGAUCAAAAGACAGCAUUACUUCUCAUUAGUGGCAUUAUUAGUGAUACACUGCAUUUUCGAUUACCUACGACAACAGAUGAUGAUCGCUCAAUUGUUGAUUAUCUUCUACCCAUCGCUAAAAUUGACAAUAUAGAAUCGUAUGCUAAUCAAAUGUUUGAAGCCAACAGUGACUUGAGUGGUCUUUCGAUACAACAAAUUCUUCUUCACGGUUACAAAAUGUUUUUAUUCAAUGAUCAAUUUUGGGGUAUAAGCGUGUUGUAUACAUUUUAUCCGAAUGAUAUACUCGAACGUAAAGAAGAAUUAAUCGAAGAAAUGCUCAAUCAGAAGAAGAAAAACCAUUUGACUGGUAUUCUCUUUUCAGUUAUUGAUAUUAUCAAGGAACAAAAUUUCAUGGUUAUUGUUGGUGAACCAGAAAAAACUGUCGUACAAAAAGCAUUCAAUGUUGAUAUUGAAGACCAAGUUGUCAAUUUAGGCUCAAGGAUCAGCCGAAAGAAAGAUAUUAUUCCUCCUCUUGAAGCAUAUUUCAAGAUAAACUCUUGA